AUGGAAGCUCAAAUGACUGAUUCGGACUGGGAGUCUUCCAGCGAGAGCAGUAGCAGUGAUGAUCAAGAGGAUAUUGAUUUUCUAUAUGGGGGCCAAGCUCAGAGCAUAUUGUCUAGUUUAGAGGAAAGCAUCGGGAAGAUCGAUGAUUUUCUCUCAUUUGAGAGGACAUUUGCUUAUGGAGAUGUCGUCCGUUCCUUGUCAGACACAACUGGACAGAUGGGGAGGGUUGUUGGUGUGGAUGUGGCCGUGGAUUUGGAAAACGUUCAAGGAAGUAUAUUAAAAAACGUGAACUCCAAGAAACUUUUGAAGAUUCGUUCCAUUUCAGAAGGUGAUUAUGUGAUUAAAGGGCCGUGGCUUGGUCAGGUUCAAAGGGUAGUGGACAGAUUAACUGUGUUGUUUGACGAUGGGACAAAAUACGAUAUCACGACCUUGGAAAAAGAUAAGAUUUUACCACAAACUCCUAAUUUUCUUGAAGAUUCGCAGUAUCCGUACUAUCCAGGGCAGAGAGUGAAAGUUAAGUCCUCAACCGGUUCUAAAUCGGCCAGAUGGCUAUGUGACAACUGGAGAGAUAAUCAUGACGAAGGAACUGUUUGUUCCGUGGAAGCAGCUGCAGACCAAAAGGAACAAAUUGAAAAGAUGAUUCGAGAUUCACCGGAUGGUUAUCUUCCUAAUACGUAUGUUACUUUGGGUUCAGAUCCGCAGAACUUAAUCCCUGUGAAUGUCAUAAACACUCAUGAGUUUUGGCCUCAUCAGUUUGUGAUGGAAAAAGGUACUUCUGAAGAUGAUGAUGAUGAUGAUGAUAAGGAUAGCAAUCAAAGAUGGGGCGUUGUUCUAUCAGUCGAUGCAGAAGAGCAUACUGUAAACGUACAAUGGAGAACAGUUCUGACAUCCGAGCCAGAUGAUUUGGCUGGAGAACCAACGUUGGAAACUGUGAGUGCAUACGAACUUGUUGAACACCCGGAUUUUUCCUGUUGUUUUGGUGAUAUUGUGUUCAAGACGGCUCAAAAGCAGGUUGGUUACAGAGCUGAGAAAAAUAAUGCAAAUUCAAUGAGUGACUUGAAUGUGGAAGUUCCUCUCAUAAAACUGAAUCAAAUCAACUACCACAAUAAGUCCAAAGAUAACUGUCACCUGUCCUGUAUCGGCAAUGUUUCUGGAUUCAAAGAUGGUCACGUCGAGGUGAAAUGGGCUACUGGUUUAACAACUAAGGUUGCACCAUAUGAAAUUUUUCGUAUUGAUAAGCACGAAAGUUCAACUGCAACUCCUGUUUCUUAUGAAACAAAUGUUGCCGACUUGACUCAAGAUAAAUGUGAUAAGCAUCCAGGAGAGAGUAGUUCCUUUUCCCUUCCUCAAGCUGCCUUUGAACUUUUCUCAAACAUUAAAGCCGGUGUAUUUCAAAAACUUGGCUUGACAUCAUUUUAUGGAGCUGUUUCCACAGUCCCUACAUUUGAAGAGGGAAAUGCGUCCGAUUUUCUCGGCAAGAAAGAUUUGGAAACUUGUAGCCUCGACACUAAUUCACAUCCCGUGAGUUCGUUGCAGUCUGCUGAAGUCGUCUCGACUUCGAUUCAUGAGACGAGGGAUGUUCCAGUUUCUUUAAACAACAACUGUUCAGAUCAGUUGAAACAGUUCGACAUAAUUGAUACUUGCUCAGACCACCACUUCUUCAACGAGGGAAAAGGGUUGCCAUUAUCUCAGGUUAAGAAAGAUUGGGUGAAAAAGGUGCAGCAAGAAUGGAGCAUCCUGGAGAAAAAUGUUCCUGAAACUAUUUAUGUCCGUGUUUUUGAAGAAAGAAUGGAUCUCAUGCGAGCAGUCAUUGUUGGUGCGUCAGGGACACCUUAUCACGACGGCUUGUUUUUCUUCGAUGUAUGUUUCCCUCCCGAGUAUCCUAGUGAACCACCGAUUGUGCACUACAUUUCUGGCGGGUUACGAAUAAAUCCUAAUUUGUACGAGUCAGGGAAAGUGUGUUUAAGUCUCCUAAACACGUGGAGUGGUACCGCGGCCGAAGUGUGGAACCCCGGAUCUUCCACGGUUCUUCAAGUCCUUCUCUCUCUGCAAGCUCUUGUCCUUAACGAGAAGCCUUAUUUCAACGAGGCUGGAUACGACCAACAAAUCGGCAGAGCUGAAGGAGAGAAAAACUCAGUGAGUUACAACGAGAAUGCUUUCCUCCUCACCUCCAAAUCCAUGCUGUAUCUAUUAAGAAACCCGCCAAAGCAUUUCGAGGCAUUGGUGGAAGAACACUUUCGACAACGCGCCAAACAUAUACUUAAUGCUUGUAAGGCAUAUCUUGAAGGAGCUUCUAUUGCAGGUGAAAAAAGUGAGCAUGAAAACCAGAAGGGAACUUCUGCAGGAUUUAAGAUUAUGCUUGCUAAACUCUUUCCUAAGCUUGUAGAAGCAUUUUCUGGUAAGGGAAUUGAUUGCUCUCAGUUUGUUGACAUGCACAAGUAA